AGAAUGCGUACGACGAUUAUGCUUAUAUUCUCAGCGGUACUGGUAGCUGUCCUUUUUACACAUACAUCAGCCCAGCCACAAUGUUGCCGGGGUGUGGGAUGUAAGAUCCCACCCAACUGCAAAUGUCCAUUUCAGAGCAUUAUUUGUGAUAAUCCUACCAAGAACGUCCUCACUGCUGGUAAAAGAAAUUAUCUUCCUAUUUCUAAGUCAAACGAACUAUCGACGUAUCAACGACCUGUUAGCGAUGCCAAAACGAACGUGGUCACAAGUGAUGAUAUAGUCAACUUAAUACGAAGCUCGCCAAGUCUGAUCAGGAAAAUAGUGAAGGCCAUAGAUUUAAACGGUGACGAUAUGAUCAGCAAAGCCGAGCUUCAAAGUCUUGUGUAUGACUGAAGAAAAACGUUGAAAAGAAACAGAUACAUUUAUUUAUUUUAAUUUAUUUUAUUUGUUUAUUUAUUUAAACAUUUAUUUAUUUAAUCAGAAAGGAAGCUUAAAUUCAACCUUUUUUGUCCAAGCACUAUAAGUUGUAGUGAAAGUAAAAUAUCAUUUACUAUACAAUAUUUACUGUUCGUGGGAAUAGGAGACAUAAUUAGUGCUGUCAUGAUAGAAAAGAUUUAUAAAUUUCAUUAUUUGCUUCAAAUAAUUCAGUAAGAAGUGAGCUUCAUUCAUCAACCACGUUUCACGAUAUGUCCAAUGAAAACACAUUGAGUAGAAAAUAAAACCCACGAUUAGGAUUGAACGUUAUAAGUACACUAAUUUCUGUAGAUCUAACGAUGAAGAAAUUUAGCACAAGUCAUUUAGACUGUCUUUUGUUAACACCACAUCGAAUGAGACAUUUUUGGACAAACAACACAUACAGCAACUGCCAAAGUAAGAAUUUGAGAUAGCAAAGUUAUUUUUUUGUAACCUUGUUGU